GAUUAAAUACAGUUAGUCAAUAAAAAUUCAUAAAUAAGUACAGACCUUCGAAUUGCCCUUUCACAACUAAUACAAUGGAUCAACUUUUUACCAGGAUACCAGAAAAAUGUGGAAUUCUACCAGGAUACUUCUACUUAACUAGUCCAAAAGUAUACAAAACCAUAUCAGUCGUACAGUUUUUAUGCGUCGUUGGUAUUUCUCUGUAUCCAUGCGUGAUAAUGAUCAAAGGAAUAUCUAACAAUGAAUACCAUGGCGCACUUAAAAACUAUACAAUCCUCAGUAUAUUCUCUGAAAUAUUGGCUGCAUCAUUGCUAACAACUAUGCUUUAUGCUAAUGUCUUGUACCCUCAUGAUUUUAUCGAGAUUAAGACACAUUUUGAUAAAAUUAAUACAAUAUUGAAGAAACAAAACAUUGUAUUAACAGAAAACUGGGAAUUGGCGAAAUAUUUACUGUUUCAUAUUGUAAUAAUCGUGCUUAACGGAAUUUCAUUUUAUAUAUACAAUGGUAAUGGCUGGACAUACACAAUUAUAUCAAUAUGGGUACUAUAUAUUCGGCAAGUUGAAGUGGCUAUUGCCUGGAGAAUUUUAGAAGAUAUUCGCUUAAGAUUAAAAGCAAUCAACUCAUUGAUUCGAUUCAAAGAUGAUUCUAACUUUGAAUCGUUGACGAUCUCAAACAAGUUCCAAAAUAAUAUUUUGAAUAUCAUAGAGGCGCACAAUUGCAUUACAAAAAUAAUUAAACUUUUCAAUAAAUUGUUUGGAAUAUACAUCAUUCUGAUUACAUUGUGGUUUAUUUUGGAGUUAUUGGCUAUAGUGUAUGGAGUUGUUGCGGACAUUACCGAUCAUGAUCUGGAGAAACAGUAUGUGGACAUAUUUUUGGCGUCAACACACGUAAUGUGUUGGCUGGUAUUCGUGAUAAAAGCUCAACAAUUGAUAGAUGAAGGAAAACGCUCAAUCGAAGUAACAUUUGAUACAACUUAUCACGCUCUGCGAAGCAACAACACUUCAGCAAAAUGGAAAGAAGAAAUGGCGCAUUUAACGCUGUGUGUAUUAACAAACACGCCGCAAUUUUCGGCAUCCAACUUUUAUAUUGUAGAAUACAGUUCAAUAUUCACUAUAUUUAAUAUGAUGACGGGAUAUAUUAUUGUUGCCGUUCAAUUUGCUAAUAGUUUUCGAAGUACUGAUUAAUUAAAGUUUAAAAUAUUUAACCUUCCACUCCUUUGAAUAAUUUAACACAAAAUUAGAUAAAAAAAUAAGUAUAUCUGCAAGUAUUGUUAAUAUAUUUUUCAUUCUGAGAACCAAAUUAUAUAAAUUGAUAUGUGUUAUGUAUGUAAAUUGUUUUGCAUUAAAAAAAUAUUGCUUUA